AUGCAUGAAAAUGAAUCAAAAUUAAGUGAUGUUAAUGCUCCUCCUUUAUUUGUUUGUUUUGAUGUUGUGAAUAAAUUACCAAUAUCACUCUAAUCGGUACAUUAUAUUGUAAAUGUCUAACCUGGUUUGGCAAUUGUUGAAAUAUAAUAGAAUUAUAACACAUAGCAUUAUGAAGUUCCAAUUGAAUUAGAAUAUAUGUUUACUAUCUAAAAGGAUUCAGUUGUUAGUAAGAUGGUAGCAGAAUUAGGUGAUAUAAAAGUCUUUGGCAUUGUAAAAGAAUUGGAGGAAGCAAAAAAAGAAUAUCAAUAAGGCAUAUAAGCUGGAAAAACUAUGAUUUUAGGUGAAUAGGAUAAAUAAAUAACUGAUUUAAAAAAAGUAAAGAUUGGUUGUUUAGCUCCUGGAAAAUCUUUAAAAAUAACUUUUGAAUAUAUUCAGCCUUUAAAAGUUUAUUUAAAUUAAUUUUGGAUGCUUGAAUUAUCGCCAAUGGUAGAUUCAAGUUAUCUUACAGUCUAUUAGUUAAAAAACUAAUCAGUCAACUAUCCUUAAUUAUAUAAUUAAAUAUAAAAAAGUUUGAAUUUUCAAGGUCUCUAAUAAAACUAUUAAUAAGAUAUCACAAUAAAUAUUAAUUUAUAGAAACCUAUAACAUUUGUAAAGUCUCCAACCCAUUAAAUUUUAAUUAAUAAUGAUGAUAAUUAAUUUGUCAAAGAAAACUUUACAAAAAAUUAAAUAAUCAUUCUUGAUAAAAAAUAUCCAAAUAACUUUCUCCCAAAUAAAAAAUUUGAGCUGUUAUUUUCAUCUGAUGAUGUCAAUUCACCUCAUUCUUUUCUUACUCAUACUAAUAAUGAUGCCUUAUAACAUAUUAAAUAUUGUGCUACCUUAACAUUAAUACCAAAAUUUAAUGAAGUACCUUUGGAUGAUGCUUAUUCAUCAUACAUAAAUGGGUUAAAUUUAUCUUCAGAAACAAAAAUAAAUAGAGGAAAUUAUUAUUUUUUUAUUGAUAGAAGUGGUUCGAUGGAAGGGUAAAGAAUAUAGAAAGCAAAGCAAUCAUUAAUUUUAUUCUUAAAAAGUUUNUAAAUUAUGAUAAAUAUAACAAAAAAAGAUUAUAUUUAUCAGUAUUUUUAGAUUGAUAGAGUUAUUAAUAAUUAUUAUGUAUCAUCCAAAAAUUUAAGUGUCAAUGCAUGAAAAUGAAUCAAAAUUAAGUGAUGUUAAUGCUCCUCCUUUAUUUGUUUGUUUUGAUGUUGUGAAUAAAUUACCAAUAUCACUCUAAUCGGUACAUUAUAUUGUAAAUGUCUAACCUGGUUUGGCAAUUGUUGAAAUAUAAUAGAAUUAUAACACAUAGCAUUAUGAAGUUCCAAUUGAAUUAGAAUAUAUGUUUACUAUCUAAAAGGAUUCAGUUGUUAGUAAGAUGGUAGCAGAAUUAGGUGAUAUAAAAGUCUUUGGCAUUGUAAAAGAAUUGGAGGAAGCAAAAAAAGAAUAUCAAUAAGGCAUAUAAGCUGGAAAAACUAUGAUUUUAGGUGAAUAGGAUAAAUAAAUAACUGAUUUAAAAAAAGUAAAGAUUGGUUGUUUAGCUCCUGGAAAAUCUUUAAAAAUAACUUUUGAAUAUAUUCAGCCUUUAAAAGUUUAUUUAAAUUAAUUUUGGAUGCUUGAAUUAUCGCCAAUGGUAGAUUCAAGUUAUCUUACAGUCUAUUAGUUAAAAAACUAAUCAGUCAACUAUCCUUAAUUAUAUAAUUAAAUAUAAAAAAGUUUGAAUUUUCAAGGUCUCUAAUAAAACUAUUAAUAAGAUAUCACAAUAAAUAUUAAUUUAUAGAAACCUAUAACAUUUGUAAAGUCUCCAACCCAUUAAAUUUUAAUUAAUAAUGAUGAUAAUUAAUUUGUCAAAGAAAACUUUACAAAAAAUUAAAUAAUCAUUCUUGAUAAAAAAUAUCCAAAUAACUUUCUCCCAAAUAAAAAAUUUGAGCUGUUAUUUUCAUCUGAUGAUGUCAAUUCACCUCAUUCUUUUCUUACUCAUACUAAUAAUGAUGCCUUAUAACAUAUUAAAUAUUGUGCUACCUUAACAUUAAUACCAAAAUUUAAUGAAGUACCUUUGGAUGAUGCUUAUUCAUCAUACAUAAAUGGGUUAAAUUUAUCUUCAGAAACAAAAAUAAAUAGAGGAAAUUAUUAUUUUUUUAUUGAUAGAAGUGGUUCGAUGGAAGGGUAAAGAAUAUAGAAAGCAAAGCAAUCAUUAAUUUUAUUCUUAAAAAGUUUACCAGAAAAUAGUUUAUUUAAUGUUAUAUCUUUUGGAAGUUAACCGAAAAGAAUGUUUGAAAAAUCUUAAGUUUAUAAUUAGAAAUCUUUAAAUGAAGCAAUUUCUUAAGUAAAUUCUAUGGACGCAGAUUUAGGAGGAACUGAUAUUUUUUCAGCAUUGAAGAAUGGCAUUUAUAAUGAUAAAGAUAGUAAAAGUCAUUUAGAAACUUAUAAUGCUUUUUUGUUGACUGAUGGAGAAGAUUCUCCAGAAUAAAUUUUAAAUUUGGUUCAAAAUUAAACUAAAUCUAAUUUUAGGAUCUAUACAUUAGGAAUUGGAGAUGGAUGUAGUUAGUAUUUAUUAAAAAAUAUUGCAGAAAUUGGAAAUGGUAAAUGUCAAUUUGUCGCAGAUAAUGAAGAUAUUAAUGUUAAAGUAAUUGAUUUGUUAGAAGAUUCUAUGACUUAAUAUUUGGAGGGAUUUAAGUUAGAAUUACCAGAAAUUAAUAUUUCAUAAAUUAUUCCUGAUCCAGAAUCAAUCACUGCUAUUAAAAAAAAUGAAGAAUUAGUUAUAUAAAUAUUAUUUCCAACUCCAAUCUAAGAUUCACUAGACUUUCAGAUUAAAUGUUUUGACCCUUAGAAAUAAAAACAAAUAUCUUACAAAUUCGAAUUGAAAAUAAAUGAAUCAUAGUAGUAAGAUUACUUUCAUAAACUUGCAGCUCAUAAAUUGAUAAAUUAUUAUGAAUAUUCUUUAUAAAACAGAAUAAAUUAAGUCAAUAAGAUAAAGGUCAAUUAAGUUACAUUCAAUAAUGAAGAUAUCAUCAAUUUAUCAAUAUAAAAUUAAAUUUUAUCCAAAAACACAGCUUAUAUUUGCUAAAUCUGUCAUUUGGAAGAUGAAUUUAAAUAAUUAAUUAAAGAAAAAAUAUUCUAUCAAAAUCAAACUUUUCAUGUAUAAUAAUUGAGAAAAGGUUCAGAUUACUCUAUUUAAUAACGUAUAGAUUUAAACCCAUCGUUUGUUAUGAAUAAGCUUGAUUGUUUAGAUAUAUAAUGUUGUAUUGAUAUUGAAGAGUGUUAUGAAUAAGAAUAAUGUUGUAUGGAUUUAAUGUUAGGCAGUAUAUAACAAAAUAUGUGUAUGGAUAGAGAAGAUUUAGAUUCAUAUGAGUAAAUGAGUUGUAAAAGUCCUCCGAGUGAUGAAGAUGAUUAACCGCAAAAACUAAUGUAAUUUGAGUAAAUGUAGAAACGAAGCAGUCUUAAUAAUAUCAUUAUUCCAAAUAGUUAAGAAACUGCUGUUGAAAUAAAUUAUAUUGAUUUAUUAUAAUGUGUUUAGGCAGAUGGAAGCUUUAUUUUAAACAAAAAGUUUGGUGAUUCAAUCAAACUCAGCAGCUUAAAUAAUGAUAAUCAUUAUGAAGAAAUUUUAUGGACAACAAUUAUUGCUCUAUUUUAUUUAGAAUUGCAUUGUAUAAGUGAUAAAGCCUCAUGGUAAUUAAUUUAUUAAAAAGCAAUUUUAUUGUUAAAGAAAAAUGGGUUAGAUUACUUUAAGAUAAAAACAGAGUAUUAUAAUAAUUAUUAAAAAUUGUUUGAAGUUUCAAAUUGA